AUGGCCGAUUCUUCCAGACGCCCGAUGAUAAAUUGUUACGAGAUAUUGGAGAUCCCACCAAAUGCGUCACUCAAGGACAUCAACAGUGCCUACAGAGGACUCGCUCUGAAGUUUCAUCCUGACAAAGCAGGAGGGGAUGCUAUCAAGUUCCAGCAGAUUAGCGAAGCAGUCGACAUCCUCCGCGAUCCAACCUCCCGUCGUGAACACGACAAAGAAUUUGGCCGAAGAACCAGAUAUCCCAGCGAGGAGGAGCUUCUAUUCGCUGAUCCUGAAUACACAGGAUGGACACCAAAGGACAUGUACCGCCGCUAUAACCCUACCCUUAGGAGUCGAUACGCGUUCAGCUACCAACAAAGCGUUCAUAUGAACCCUUCAUCGACCCAGUCAAAGGAAGAACUGGCUCGCUGGGAAAAGACCCGACAGGAAGAGGCUGGUCGUCGGGCUGCUCAAUUCUUUGCUGAACAGGCACUAAAGGACGCCCAGGACCGUCAGAGCCGUCAGAAGUUUACAGCCAACCCAACAGCAGAAAGUUUGGGUACCGAAUCGGUUAAUACUGGAGAGCGCAAUGAUGAGACAUCCAACGGCACUGAACCAGUCUGGUGGGGUGGAGCAGAGCCCAACGGAAAUGAUGAUGGUGAUGAUGUGUUGGAAGCUGAAGGUGAUAGUGGCGCUGGGAAUGACUCUAUGGAUGAAGCUGAGGUUGAUUCUGCGGCAUAUGCCAAAGUGGAAAUUGGGCUUGGACCCGAAUAUGGAACCGAGAUCGAGAAUGGUAACAAUACUACUUCUGGAGCGGAACCAAACCCGCAUAUUGAUGCUCAUGGCAACGCCAACUUGGAGGCUGAUGUUUAUGAUCAGUCUAAAGUGGAACCAGUGGUUGUCGAAAUAAAUACUACCAACACAGAAGCCAUUCUAGAUAAUACCGAGACCGGGAAAUUCGCGGCCACUGCAGAUGAUACCAUUCCCAACCCCGAGACAGACCCUUACGUCGGCCUCAAAAUCGACCAAGAAAAGGAUGCCGCGGCUGAAACCACCUUCGAUAACAACUCUCCUGCUGAUAUCGCACAAUUUCGACGAAGCUUGAAAGAGCACAUGUCACUGCCUACAGGAUGGACGAGCGGUGCUUUGUCCCCUGUGAGCAGCGAGGCUCAAUUCAAUGAAGAUGCAAAUUCUACCUUAAACGCACACAACGAGAGCACCGAAUCUAUCUACUACGACUUCAGUGAUGCAGCUCGAUCCCAAUCAGACAAUUUGGAGAGCGAAGCUUACCAUGAUUUUCCCACUAACAGCGACAACGAGACCUCAAACUCUUCCAUCAGUGAUGAAUCUCUUGUUCAUUUAUCUGAUAUCCCGGAGUUCAACGCUGAGAGCGUUUAUCCGUACUUAGCCCCUUUCGUCCCAUUCUUUACUGCCAAACUCGCCAACAAGAAUGGCCUUUACAAUAGGCAGGACUUUCAGGCUGAACUUAGGGGCAUGGUAUUGGAAACUUACUGCGGAUGGCUUGAGUCUCUCCGUGUCACUGUCCCAGGCGCAGCGGAGCGGGAAAUUUCCCUUGACCAGCAAGACUGCCGCCAUCUUGGAUACUGGAAGAAGGAACUCGGACAUGAAGAAUGCGAGUUAUGUAAUAUUUGGAGGCCGAUAUAUAUGCUCGUGUGUCCGGGUUGUGGCAUCAAGAAGUGCGUGAGAUGCAAAUUCGAGGAAGGCAAGUGA